AUGCCUUUCAAGAUUCGUGACCAAGUUCAGGUUGCACUUGUGAUUAACCAAUACGUCAAUCCCUUAGGCUUCAAGCAUUUAAAUCCAAACUGGAAACUGUAUACUAUAUACACGUGCUGGAUCGCUUCCGAACUUGUCUUGGUCUACUUCCUGUACGUCGAGACCCGCGGCCCUACAUUGGAGGAAAUCACAAAGAUCUUCGACGGUGGCGAUGCUAAGGUCGACCAAGUAGAGCUUGAUAAAUCAGGCGCGGUCGUGAACUUUUCUGGUAUGGAGAAAGGCGAACUUGGAACGGCCGAGCAUCGGAAUAUAGUUUAA